UAGUCCGCGGGGAAGUCGCAAGAUGGCCGACGUCGCUUGAAAGUACGUUCCUCUCCUCAGUAUGAAGUUGUGAGUGAGAUAGAGAGCGAGGGAGCUUACGGUGGCGUUUUGUUUUUGUUUUAUUUUAGUUAUUUUACUUUGUUUUAUGUUUAACCUGCCAUUUCAUUCCGAAACGCACAUGUCUCAGAUUUCUUUCGGCUAGUUGAGUCGUCAGUCACACCGGGCUAACGAGCUAACUUAGCUACCUAGCUGGUGUGUUCGCUGCAAAGCUGCAGGUUUAGGCUUAAAUCAGUUGGAUAACGUCUUGUCGAUUUCAAUCACUUUUCUGUUCAGACUUUACACAACACAACGGUUGCAAUCAGAUACUAUUUAACAAACUAUCCUAACAAAUCGACCGGAUUGUUCUAGCCGUAAGUUAGCCGAGGCAGCGCUAGUUUGCUAGCAUGUAGGAUUAUAUUUUGGACCUUUUCACCGCCGUCGACAUCACUAGAGCCGCCGUUAUCUCCCACCGUAACGUUGUAAACUCGGUCAUGGUUUCCCACUAAGGCGACAUUAACAUUAAUCAGUGUAAUUUGUUUAAAGGCGACGCACUAAACGCUAAGUGAAGAAUGGAUAUACAUUGCGCUCGGAUAUAAACUACAGCCUCGCCCACGACUAGACUUUCACAUAUUUAUACGACUCGGUUUGAGACCGUUUUAAAGUUCUACGCUUCUGAACUCGGUUAAUAAACAUUUAUAACUCUGGAAAGGGCGGUGCUCAUCUGCCACAUAUACUAGGCGCGCGCGCACACAGACUUGAGACGUAAACAGGACCGUAGUACGUAAACAUGGGAGUUCAGGGCUUUCAGGAGUAUUUGGAGAAGCGAUGCCCGGGUGCUUCGGUUCCGGUAGAUCUCCUCAAACUGGGCCGUACUGCGAACCGAAAUCCUCCACACCACCACCACCACCAUCAUCCCCAUCCUCACCAUCAUCCUCAUCACCCAAACGCACUGCACGCUCCUCUUCCACCGCCGGCGCGCAUCCUCGUGGACGCAGAUUCGGGCCUGCAGCGCCUCUACGGCGGAUACCAGACCGACUGGGUGUGCGGCGGCGAGUGGAACGCCAUGCUCGGCUACUUGGCAGCGUUGUCACAGGCCUGCCUUUACCAGGGCGGCCUUGAGCUUGUCGUGGCCUUCAAUGGCACUCUGGGCAAAGAGCGCUGGCCCGAGUGGGCGCGCCGAGCACAGGCCCACAGACAGACGGCGCAGCUCAUCGUCAACCACGUGGGCAGCAAAGGCACACCGCCCCCGCGCGCCUGGUUCCUGCCGCCCGCGUGCCUCAGCCACUGCGUCCGCCUCGCCAUGUUCCGCUUCCGCGUGCGGGUAGUUCAGACCCUAGAGGACCACCACCAGGAGGUGCUAUCUCUGUACAGAGACUUUGGAUUUCAGGGCCUGAUUGCACAGGACUCGGAGUUCGCUCUAUGCAAUGUCCCGGCCUAUUUCAGCUCUCAUGCGCUCAAGCUCUCCUGGAACGGCAAAAAUCUGACUACUCACCAGUACCUGCUGUCUGAGGCUGCUCGCCAGCUGGGUCUCAAAACCCAGCACCUGCCCAUCUUUGCUGCCCUGCUUGGUAACCACAUUCUGCCAGAUGAAGACCUGGCUGCCUUUCAUUGGAGUCUCUUGGGUCCAGAACACCCUCUUGCCUCCCUCAAGGUAAGGGCUCACCAGUUAGUUCUCCCUCCCUGUGAGGUUGUGAUCAAGGCAGUGUCAGAGUAUGUUGCAUCUAUUCAGGACCUUGGGAAUUUGGAUGCUGUGGCCAGAGAUGUAUUCAAACAGUCUCAGUCUCGGACCGAAGAUAAAAUUGAAAGAUUUAAGAAGGCAGUGGAAUACUUUUCAGCGGCCAGUAAACCCAGACCUCUUACCAUGGGACCUUCUCCUUACCUCUUGCCAGGUUUUGGGCCAUGUCAGUUUGGUGGUCCUCCAGGCCACAUGGGUGCAGUACAUUCUGGGAAAGUCCAGGUUGGUCCACCCCAGGUAUCAGGUGUUAAGGUGCCUUAUCCCAGUGGGGCCUAUGGCCCAGGCCCAGCCUCUGCCCUUCUUUUCCAGAACCCACCUCCACCACUGCAGGAAUGCAACGAUUCUCUUGUUGGGAAAAUGGGUUUUGGUGAUUGGUCCGCUCCUUAUGAUUCCACUCAAGUUGGGAACCGAAUGCCCAAUCAUCACACAACUGCUCCUUCAGGCCCUUCCCCAUCACCAUCGUCGUCUUCAGAUGGGGAGGAGCAAAAUGACACCAGCACUAAUCAUUUGGCUGACAAGUCAUCUAGAUGGGAAGAGCCCAGUGGUCGUGGGGGUGGCGCCUCUGGGGAGGGUCCCCAAGGCAACGGGAGUGGGCCAUCUAUUCCGUCACUGCUGUCAAUGGCAACAAGGAGUCACAUGGACAUUACAACCCCACCCCUUCCACAGGUCAGCGCUGAGGUGCUUCGAGUGGCAGAGCACAGACACAGAAGGGGUCUCAUGUACCCACAGAUAUACCACAUCCUUACCAAGGGGGAGAUGAAGAUGCCAGUGUGUAUAGAGGAUGAGUGCAACCCUGACCUGCCCCCUUCCUCUUUGCUGUUCCGCUCAGCACGGCAGUAUGCCUAUGGCGUGCUGUUUAGCCUGGCUGAAACCCAGAGGAGACUGGAAAGGAUGGCCAUGCGCAAGCGCGCUCCACUAGAGGUACCCCCAGUGAUAGUUAAGGAGUGGUGUGCCAGUAAGGCCAAGUCGGCCUUGACCCCUGAGCUGGUUCCUGCUAUGUGUUUCCGCGAGUGGACCUGUCCUAAUCUGAGGCGCCUGUGGCUCGGCCGUGCCUCUGAGGACCGCAGUCGACGCACGAGAGCCUUCUUGGCUUGCAUGAGAUCAGACUGCCCUGCCCUGCUUAACCCGUCCAGCGUGCCAUCACACCUGCUGCUCAUGUGCUGUGUACUUAGGUAUAUGAUGCAGUGGCCAGGUGGCCGAAUUCUCCAACGCCAUGAGCUUGAUGCCUUUUUGGCUCAAGCGGUGUCUAACCAGCUCUAUGAGCCUGAUCAAUUGCAAGAACUCAAGGUGGAGAAAGUGGAUAACCGUGGUGUACAGCUGGCCUCUCUCUUUAUGAGCGGUGUGGACACUGCCCUGUUUGUAAAUGAUGUCUGUGGCCAGCCUCUCCCUUGGGAUCACUGCUGCCCUUGGGGCUUCUUCGAUGGCAAGCUGUUUCAGAGCAAACUUGCAAAGGCUACCAGAGACAGGGCUGCUCUGUUGGACAUGUGUGAAGGCCAGGAAGAGCUGGUUUCCCGAGUCGAGAAGAUGAGGCAGGCUAUUUUGGAGGGCAUCAACCUCUCUCGGCCUCCACCCCCACCCCCACCGUUGCCACCCCCAGCCUUCCUUCCCCCUGCCAUGGUACCACCUUUCUAUCCCAUGCACCCACUGUAUCCGCCUCGCCCCUUGGGUUCUAUGCCUCCUCCACACCACCAGCACCGACCAAGAGCUUUCCCAGGUAUCCAAUCUAUACCUCCUCAAGGUGGGAAGCUAGAGAUUGCUGGCAUGGUUGUUGGCCAGUGGGCUGGAAACAAACCGGUGCGUGGCAGAGGAGGGUUUAAUGUGCAGGUGGUAUCAGUGGGAGGAGGCAAGGGAAGGGGAAAAGAAGUGAUACCAAAAGGAAGGGGAGGAAAGAAAAUGAACACAAAUCGAACACAGAAUCUUUCCUCCUCACCUCCCUCAUCCAGCCCCACAAAGCUGGCAGAGGAGUCCAAACCAGUGGGGCGGCCCACCGAGAGAGCCGGCGUUGUAUCCCAGCAACUGAACGGCAGCUCUUCAGGAAGCGCCACUGGCCAAACCGUUGACCUGCCACCACUGGCCCAGCCAAUCCAGUGUGCCUUAGCCAGCAAAGACAACCAAUCAGGAGAUGGGGUGGAGGUAGAGGCCCCAUGUUGCCUUGACGACUGCUCGUCAGAUGGUGCACUACAAAAAGAGGAGUAAUUACAUCCCAUAGUCUAACAAGAAUGAUUGAGUUGCGAGGGAAUGUUCCAAGUUCGACUGCCUUUUUUCUUGUAAAACAUAAAUAGGCACAGUAGCCACUUCGUGUUGUCAUAAAAAUAAUUUAUAAUGUUACAGAUGCUGAAAACUAGAGAUGGACAGUGUGAAAAGGGGUGUGGUCUAUGUCACCUUAACAGUAGGUUCUGAUUUGGAACUAAGCAGAGUUAAAAAUCACAACCUGUUUGAUUGCACAUUGCACUGAAUCUCUUUGAUUCUGGACCUCAGCCUUUCCACUGCCCCAUCAGGGUUGUAGCAUUGUGACAAGCUCUCAGUCUUUUCACCUUUCUAACUUUUCAUUUUAUUUUUUUUUAAAUUUCUUUUUUUAAAACAAUUUGGAUUGUUGGUUAUAUUUGUACUAUUGCCUAAAUAUGGCGACAGUCAGCCCCCUUUUCCCCCCCAAAGUAUGUCCUUACUAAAUCUAUACUUAUAGCCCAUGCAUUUUAAGAGCAGCAUACUUCGCUUAAUAGAACCCAAAGGAUUUAUUGUUUUUGAAUUAACUCCAGUAAAGACAUUGUCAGUUGAACCGUGAGCCAUCAUGCAGAUUUAGUGCACCAUGGCUUUCCCCCUUCCAUCUAUAUAAAAACAUUUAAUUGCUGGCAUGAGCUUUGUAUUUACUAUUUGUUAUGUAGCAAAUAACUAUUGCGUUGACAUUUUGACAUUUGUUUUAUGCACCCGAAAAGCAUCAGUGUAGAUAUAAGUCCCUUUCUCAUAUUUUUCUCCACAUAUUAAGUGAUUUUGUCAGCAAACGUUGUAGUUUUUGGUAAUUGGAUUGCAGUAGUCAUCAAGACCUGCACGUUUCUUUCUUUCUUUCUUUUUUUUUUAAAUGAUAUUCUUAUUUAAUUCAUAGUACUUAAGCCCUGUUACUAGAAGUAUUGCUGUAAUUUGCAGGCAAGGCAAAUAUUGAAUUAGGACCCUGUUUAGAGUUAAUAAAUUGUCCCUUAUUGAGCAGUGCAUACAGUGAGACACUCCAGUGCUGUCGUAGGUUAGUGUCAAAGGGUUUGUCCUGACAAAUAGUGAGAUGGCUACCAAUGAAUUUAAAGCUGCUUGAUUGUGAGAAUAGCAUCAGUUCUUAUUCAUUAUUAGGCAAUAGCUCCAAAUGUUUGAAUCCCUUUAAGGGAAAUUAUAGUCAUAUUUUGUGUUUUUAUAACAUUACAGUUUGAAAUUAAGUUGUUUUGCAGCAUACGAUAAGGGUCCAAAAAAAAAAAAUCCUGAUUUUGUUGCAGAAAAAUGGCUUGUGUCACAAUGAUGAAAUUACUUGCAGUAGAUUAUUAAUUUCAGUCAUUCAGAUUUUGCUAAUCAAACUGUUGAGAGGUAUGAUGUAAAAAUAUAUAUAUAUAUUCAGCAAUACUGAAUUUUUUUUAUAUAUAUAUAUUUUUAAAUGUUUCCCAUGUAAUCUAUCUAGUCAUUAGACAUACAUACCAAUUGACAGAGCUAUUAAAUAGGGUUAUAAACUUAUUAGUUUUGUUUUAAAGCACCUUAAGCCCCAAGAUAUAGCUAUUGAUAUGCAAGUCCCAGCACUAAACCGUAAUGGAAAUGCCCCCUGAAAAUGAUUGUAACCCAACAUAAAGCACUUAUGUUAUUUAUGUAUAAUUAGUACAACUGCUUUUAUUAGUCUAUAUAGACCAAGAUACUGGGUUAAGAAGUGAAACUCCUAAAUUUGCGAGACAGUUGGGUGAAAAACCCACACCCUCUAGCCGUUUCCUUACAUUAAUAUUGGAUGUUCUGUUUCUGUGAUGUUAAACCUGUAUGUGUUGUUUCUAUGAUUGCCCAUGGGCCUCGUGCACAUUUUUAAGAGAGCAUUUUAUUGAGGGGGAAAAUGGGUUGCGCGUAAUCCAAACGAACAUAAAAAAUCUUGCAACAUGGAAACACAUUGUCACCUUCAGGCAAAGGUUCUCAAAAUUUUGAGAAUUUUUUUGUAUUAUUAAUUAUGGAGAUGUUGGGAGUGAGCUUCAAUUUGUAUCAAAGAACAAAUACACUAGAGAGAGGCUCUUUUGACAUAAUUUUAAUUAGAAAUCUCUAAUACAGAAUUUCAAUAGUGUCUGUGCAGGCAUGUUAAUAAGAUGCACCUUAUUUUGUUACAAGAUGGAUAGAUGAUAGUUUAUCAUGUGCCACAAAUAGUUUAUCAAAAGUUCUAAAUGACGCAGAAUGACAGACAUAUUUAAGUUUGUGUGUUCUAAAGGUUUUGCGGAAUCCCCUCCAUUAGUUUAACUUGUUUCAGUUUAUAUAUGUAUACCGCACAGAUAUACACACAUAGUCCGCAGUAAUCUUUUAUGCACGCUGUGUCCAUGUUAAUUGCGGUAAGGACAUGAUAUGACCGUAUUGGACAUAUAUGAACUAUGACGGUUCGGUAGUAAUCGAGACCAUAGCACCGCAAAUAGUGUACGUAAACCCAUAAGAUACCGUACUAGACAAGCACAGCCGAUUAUUCUGAACAUCAGACUUUGGUUGUUGCAUAUGAUGAAAUUUCAGCAGUGCUCAUAAUGGAAGGAUCUUCCAUCAAGAAUUAUGCACACCAAACACCUAGACAUGCGGUAGGAAUAUGCUUGCUUAUAUCUGUAAACGAGCAAUUGCUUCAGACUUACUGUAAAUCAUUGAGUUUCAGUUUCUAUUUAAGUUAGAUACAAAAUUUCUGUAAGUUCAAUAAGCAGGCACAGAUUAUAACUGGUUAUAGAACACCAGUUAUUCUAUAGACUUACAUUUAGCUUAAUCUUAGUCUCAGAGAUAUUAACACCCAUAAUUCAGACACACCCAGAAAUGGUCGUAAACAUGUACACACACAUACACACACACACACACACCACAUACACACACAUGUGCAUAUGUAGAUGUUUUCUUUUAGAGAGACACCAGUUAGUACAAGAGAAAAUGUAACAUUAUUUAGGAUUUCUUUUUGUAUUUGAUAUAGUUGAUUACUUGUAAUGCUUAAUUAGUGAUUUCAGAUGUGUGGUUCCCAAGUUACCCUCUGCAGAGCUUCUUAUCUGGCUUUUAUGUAUUCUUUUUUUUUUUAAACUGUUCUAACCUCGAUCUUAUUUUCCAUUUUAAUCAGACAUUUGUUGAGAGUUCACUAUUACCCAACAUAGAUGCAGAUGUAUAAUAAUUUACAGUGUUAAGUAUUUUAAGGGAUCUAUGUUCUGAUUUUUGAGGUUCACCCAAACCUUAUCAUAUGCCUUUUCCCCUUUAUCCUAAUCAGUCCUAUUCAAUCGGUGGUAAUAUAGAACCUGCACAGAUUUAUUCGUAUGGCGAUAGUUACUGUACUGCACUAUUUGUUGCUGAUUUACGAAUUCCCUGUCUUGGUGUUGAAUAUAGCGUUACUAAUACACACACACACGCAGUUUAAAUGCUUGCUUUUUUGUAGUUUUACAAGAAUAACCAGAUUUCUACCCUACCUUAAAAUCAAAAAAACAAACAAAAAAUGGCCGUCACCUUGUUUUUCUCUCGUUUCCUCCAGUUUAGAUUCUCGUCUUUUCACUUUAUCAUGUCUUGGUUGUGGACUUUCUUGCUCCUGAUGCAGUGUUGUCUCCUUACCCCAUCAUACUAACAGUAACAAUAAUAUUAACGACAAUAAUAAUUACGCUUAUAAUCAGUCUGUAUGUAAUCGUAGGCAGAAGUUGGGAACGGAUAAUUUUCAGCUUUGAAUACAAAAAAAAAAGAAGAAAAACUAACCUUAAACCUUGGUUUGAAAUUGAGAAAAUUGUGUUGUUUUUUUCCCUUGCUAGUUUAAAAAAAAAAAAAAGAAAAAAAAAAGACAUUACUCCUUUGACCAUUGCUACAAGUAGUAUUAAAUGCACUUAGCUCAGAUAGAUAUUUGAAACUGUAAUGAUUAUAGGUAUCUUUACCAUAUAGCUAUUGUUUCCGACCACUUCACCAUUAGGGUAAAAUUGUAGCCAUCAGACUAAACCUGAACUCUGUCAAACACUUUAAGAAGCUUCAGUUAAUCAGUGAAGAUCGUUCAAAAGCUGAUCGGUUCAACAUUAACCAUUGCGUCCUUGCACAAAACAGAGUUCUCUCUGCUACUAAAAACCAAAGUGCAUACUAGCUUACUAUUUGCAGACCCAAAUUAGUUUGUUUGGAAAUCAAGAGUUCUACUGGUGCGUAAUUGAGAUCAUAACAGAUAUUAUGGGUCCACUGACAAAUACUGAAUGAAGGAAACAACGUAUUUACAUCUUUUUUGGUGAAAUGUGGCUGAGGUGUGUGUUGUCCGGUUUCUUUGCUAACAGUUUUUUUUUUCUUUCCCCUGUAAUGAAGCGUAACCUCAGAUGCAAGUCUUGAUGCGUUUAAAUCCUAGCACCUUCCCCAGUUACAGUUUGGGAAAUGUAGCUUCAUCAGUAGUCAUGGCUAGGGUAAAUGUAAGCGCAUAACUGUUAACAGGUUCAGACACAAGUUAUUGAGAAGAGUCCUUGCCUGUGCAUUCCUGUAGACUAUUGUCUAGAUGGUAGAUUUGAUUUUUUUGGCUUUAGAAUCUGUUCCCUUUCUACCCUAGCUUUUGAAGCCCUUCACGCACAGGACCGCCUAUGUGCUUUUGACCGGUGUUGUAAGGUUUUGAGCCCGUUAGCGAUAACAGCAAUGUGUUGUGUACAUUGGCUCCCUGUCAUCCCCACCCCUCACCCCCAUCUUGCUGGAUGAAUGCCCUUUGUUUUAUCCUUUUGUUUUUAGAGCAUGUUGCCCCUGCAAUGUUGUCAACAUUUUAAAGUCACGACCCAGUCUCAUUUGUAGGCAACUCGUUCUGUCAUCCGAUCCGUUGACCAGGAUAAACAUGUGGAUGCAUGCAUCAAGGUCUCCAAACGAACUUGUGUAGUGAAGGGUGAAACUUCAUUAUUAUUAUUGCUGUUAUGGUUAUGAUCGUUAUUAACAGUUUCUCAUUUUUAGUCGAAAAGAAAGCACCAGGUUGUUUGGGAAAGAAACCUUUUUUAUUUGUCUUGCCGUCGUGGUCCGAAUUCAUGAUGCAUUGAGAAGAAAGCCAAAAGGCUGAGAGAAAGAGUUUGAAGUUUGGCAGUCAUGUUUGUAUGGUGGGAAAAUGACUUACAGUGCUGAAAUAAAAUUUAUUCUUUUAGUAAAA